AAAAUCCACAACUACUUGAAAUUCUAAUUCAAUUCUCAUUUAAACGUAUUUCGCAACACCCACAAAACAAACGAGAUUCCACAGUAAACGCUUAAAAAUACAAAUUAAAUUUAAAACAAUAAACGUAAACGCACAAUAAACAUUAAAAAAAGAAUUUAAAAUUUAAAUUUUAAAACAAAACUUUUAAGUGUUACUUAAAAAAAAAAAAACGAAAAAUAAAUAAAAUAAAAUGUUUAAAUUUAUUGCCACGGUAAUUGCUAUAGCGACAAUACUCCUGCCACAUAUGGUGUCCGCCAGACCGGGAGACCUGGCUAUAGAUGCUGCGGAGAAUGUAGAUGUACCACCGGAACAUCGUGCUGCUCCGCCUCAACCACCACAACAACAUCCUGCCCAACCACCUUACCAGCCCAGAGCCAUAUUUCCAGCUGCUGCAGUACCGGGUGGACCGCAAUACCCCCUAUUCUUUACAACUCCAAACGGCUUUGUACCCUUCGGCAGCAUUUACAAUGCCUACCAACCACAGGCCAUAGUGCAAAAUCCUGCGUUUAUCUUGCCUCAAGAUCAGCCCCUAACAUCGCCAAUUGUUGCUGCUGUCUGGUGAAAUAACAUUAACAUUUAAAUGUAAAUUUGUUAAUUGUUUAUUAAUAUUUAAAUUUUUGUAUGCUUGUAUGUAUUUUCAUAUUUAUUUUUAUUAUUUUAUUAUGUGUGCGUAUUGUCUAUUU